AUGGUGGUUACUACACAGGAUAAGAAACCGCCGAUGUCAUUUUAUGUUAUUGGUACAGAGACUAGAUGUGUUAUCCGAGCUGUCCUACCCACGGAUAAAACAGUGGAUGACCACUUUCAAAAAGUGAAGUUCCUUCAUCUUCUUUCUCGCUUAGUGGAUGGUAGUGAUCCUAAUAUCAAAUACAUUGGUAGAAAUGAAGGAACACCGCUGGAAACUGCCAUCACUGUUUUGGAAGAGCUCUUGUCAUGUUUUGAAAAUCUUGACGAAGAGGGUGAAAGAUACAAAGCACUGAUUAAAAAACAGGCUGUUUUAGUCUGUUGUGAAAAGACUGAUUUGGACAAUGCAGAAGAUGUUUACCAUAGGGUCUUUGAUCAAGCAGGAGCAUUGGAAUCUGUGCAGCACAAGCAAAUGAAAGAAGAAAUAUUGAAAAUAUUGAAAUAUAAAUCAAAGAGGGAAAGGCGAAAAUACAUAAGAGACAAUAGUUUUGAAAAGUUUCACCAAGAGAGUGUUAAGUUCCUAGAAAAAAUACACAGAACAUUCAAAAAGCCAUAUCUUUUACAGGUUAUUGAAGAUAGCAUAAAAAAAGGAAGUGAAGGUAACAGUCACUGUAUUAUCAUAGAACCUGCAAGGACUGAAACUGAGGUCUCUGAAGAUGAUGACGAGACAGAUAUGGAAAUAGAUAUCAAUGAAGCAGAACAUGAUGUAGUAGAUGAAAUAUCAGUUAUUUCAGCUGAUGAAUUAAAAAAAACAUUGAUGAUGUUUACAGAUGAUGUCUCUGAAUGGAAAAAAAUACGAAACCAUGAGCAUGACACUAUGGCUGCCAUUAAGGAAGCUAUGAUAAGACGGGAGAAAAAGUCCCCAAACAAGUCCCCAAACAAGUCUCCAAACAAGUCCCCAAACAAGUCAAAAAAGAUGCACAGUCCAGCAAAUAAAGUUGUUGAAAAUAUGGAAGUUACUGAUGACAUCACAGAAACAGCUAAAUCUCCAAGCAAGAUGUGUAACAGUAGAGGGGAAGAUGGGGCUGGUAGUAGCAGCAGUCCAAGGCCUAAUAGUCCUCACAGCUUUAUCAGAAAACAUCGGUAUGCAUCGUCUCGAAACCGUCAGCUUUACUCACAGCCUUGUGGCGAGCCAGUUACAUGGACAGAUUCAGACUCUGACGUCUCAACUCCACCUCGGCGUAUACCAAAUAUAAACGAUGUUAUACCAGUUUCAAGAAACAGAAAAGACUUGCUCACUUUCAUGAAUGAUGAUAUAUUAACAAAAAAGAAAAUACCGUGGACAAGGGAAGAAGUAACUAAUUUGAAAAAGGGAGUGAAGCUCUAUGGAGCUGGUAACUGGGCCACUAUCUUAAAUGGUUUCGAGUUUAAUACACAUCGGACAGGUGUCAGUUUGAAAGAUAAAUGGAGAAAUCUGACAAAGAUUGGUGAUGUGAAUAACGACUAGUGUUUAAUUUCAACAGCACAAGAGACGGCCAUCAUUUCAAGUCAAAUUGGA